UGAAUUUGUGAGAUUUGGGAAUUUAGGGUUUGUGGAGUUUCCUUCGAAAUUGGGGGAAACGAUGAACGAUCAGUCACAGCUGAUGAAUCAAGCGCCACCGAUGAUGAGUUUGAGCCAAGCUCAAGUGAUCAGCCAGCCGCCCCCGCAGAUGAUGAGUCAGACGCUGCAGCAGAUGAUGGCGCCGUCUUCUCAAUCCGUGGCGGUUCAGCAGCAACAGCAGCAGCAGCAAUCUCAGUUGAUGAUGAUGAACAGUCAGUCUCAGCCUAUGAUGAUGAAUCGGAACUACAAGGCUUGGCCUCAGCCGCAGCCUCAGUUCGCCGCCCAAAAGCCGCCGCCGUCGAAUGUUGGACGCAACAAUUGGAAGGGAAAGAAAGGCGGAGAUAAGAGGAGAAUGGACAAGAAUGUCCCCAAUUUGCCAUUGAGUGGUCAGACAAGCGGAGGAGGAGGAGGAUACAUACCCCCGACGCUUCAUGAGUUACAGUCUCAGAAUCGAAUGAAAGCCCGGAAAUUUUAUCCGAAAAAGAAGUUUAACAAUAGGUUUGCGCCUUACGCCCCAAGGAACACGACAUCGUAUAUUAUUCGUGCGAAGAAGGCCGGCGGUAUAGCCUCACUAGUUUCGCCUUAUCCGGUGACUCCGGCUGUUCUGCCCACACCCAUGUUCUCGCCUUCACGGGAAGUCUUGGGGGAUAUGGCGAAAGAGGAGUGGGGUGUUGAUGGGUAUGGGUCGAUGAAAGGGUUGAUUCGGCUUCGGUCGCCUGGAAAUGAUGAUGAUGAGGGUGGUGGUGGAUCGAGCGAGAGUGAUGUGGAGGAGCAUGUGGAGGUGGAGAGGAGGUUGGACCAUGAUUUGAGUAGGUUUGAGAUGGUGUACCCGAAUUACAGUGGGGUUGAGUAUAACAAUGCUUUGGAGAAUAGAGUGGAUGAUCAGGAUACGCAUAUAGCUCAAUUGGAGGAGGAGAAUCUGACAUUGAAGGAGAGGCUUUUCUUGAUGGAGAGGGAGUUGGCAGAUUUGAGGAGGCGGAUGCAGUUCAUUGAGAGGAGGUGCCAUGUGAUGGGGGAGGUCAAUGAAGAGGUGGUGGAAAAUGCAUUUGAAAAUGAUAGUGAUGGAGGGUCGGACGCGCCCCAUAUGGGUAUGGAGGGUGAGAACAAUCCUGAGAUGGUAGAUUAUGUGUUGAGAGAUGGAGGAAGUAGAAGUGUUGGUGCAUUGGCCGAGAAUGAAAGUGUUAGGGAUGUUGAUGUAGGUAUGGAAGAAUAUGUACCCAAAGAAAUGAUUCUAAAGGAAAAUGAGGUGAAAGAUGAAACAAGAAAUGAGUUUGUAGGUAACGAAGAGAUUGAGGAAUUUAAGAGCGAGCUUACUCCAGAAAAAGAAAUUGGAAAUAAAAAUGAGCUUGAAGAUAAGAUGGUGAAAGAUGAAGUUGAGAUCAAGAAUGAGACUGAGAUAAUGCAGGGUGAGAUGAAUGCAAAGAAGGAUGAGGAAAUGGGAAUUACGUGCCUGGAAAAGAGCAUUGGCGACGGUGACUGAUCUGUCCCGCGUUAAUUUUGAAAUCUCUAGCAUCUUCGAAGAAGGCAUAUGUGCACUUUUGCCAAUUUUGGGAAGCAUUGAUGCCGAAAACCAAUACAAGUGGACGUCUGCUAGAGAAAAGGCUUGAUUGUUAGUUUUGAUAAAGCUGCUUUAUUGCUGUUCUUUUCAGUGCAUGCAUUACUUCGAAAUCAACAGUGCUGCUCAUUCAGGCAAUGUUCUGCAAAUGGUUCUAAUGUACGAGAGGAUGGCUUCUCUGAGCAAUGCUCUUCGUUACUUAAAACAUCUUUGAGGGUACAGGAACAAUAGCUUCAGGAAGCUGAUGGAAUUGCUUACGGUGAAAUAAUGGUCUGGUGAAAGCUCGUGGAAUUGCUUACGGCGAAAUAACGGUCUGUUGUGAAAGAUGUUCUGCUCCUUGUGUCACCGGCAACAUUGUUUUCUUGAUGCACGCUAUGUUUGGUGGGAGUGCAAAUGUGAAGCUCAAAUGGACUGACUGCCUUGCAUCCACACAUCAAAGCUGUCUUUGGUUCGGUCGAAAACUCCUUGGAGCGGCUCUUCUCAGCCUCAGUAGAUUUCCCGGUGGUUCAUUUUCUUAGUUUUUACAUUCCCAUGCCUCCACGUCAAUAACGUUUAUUAGGACUAAACCAGAAAAUGUAAUGUAGUUGUACUGUUUGCCAGAAAAUUACAGGUUAUAAUGUCAAGAAUUCGUCUUUUGUUCUUCGUA